AUGUCAGGCAACUCCAGUGUCGGUACCCGCUCCCUCUAUGAGGCCGGUGACCAGCGUAACGUCCCUGUCUCCGACCUCGAAGAGCGUGCCCGCUACGCCGAGGGCAUGCCUCACAGCCACAAGAACCUCGACUCCAAGGAUGGCCGCUCCAUUGCCAACAAGCUGGCUUCUCAGGAGAAGAAGUCUGAUCCUAGCCACCACCACAACAACGAGUCCAACCCAGAGGCUGAAUUGAGCAAGCAAGAUCCUACCAAGCCUGCUCGUGUACACGGCAACACUCCUUCCAGGGGUGCGCAGGUUGAUGCCGAGCUCCAGGCUGAGGAUGAGCAGCGUCUGCGUGAGAAGGGAAUUAAGCACUAA